AUGGCCCGUCUCGCAACAGCCCUCGUCCUCCUCGCCAGCGCCCUCGGCGCUUCGGCCCAGUCGUCCUCCUCCUCGGUCGGCUCCGCCUCGUCCUCGCCAAGCAGCAGCGGCUCGUCCACUGCGACCUCGAGCGCCAGCGCCGCCGCGAGCACGGCAUCCGGCAACGUGACGACCACCGGCCAGGAGCAGCAGGAGACCGUCACCCUCGUCUCGACCGUCGCCGCGCAGGCCAACAGCUCGCAGAUCCCGACCAACGCGACGCUGCAGGGCGUGUGGAGCGUCGAUGAGAGCCGAGGAACCUUGACGCAGGGCAUGGCGCUCCUCCAGAACUCGACGGCGACCGCGCAGAACCAGUCCGUUCUCGGCGUCUUCCUGCGGUACAACGAGUCGACGGCGCUCGCAAACGCCAACUCGAGCACGACUACGACCUCGCUCCCCUGGAUCGCCCUCAUCUCGUGCGACUCGCCGACGACCCAGUCGCUCGAGCUCCCCGCCGACACGGCCAACUCGACGCUCGCCUCCUUUGGCAACGCGACGACCGCCGUGCCCGUCAACGGGACCGACUCGGCCAACGGCACGACGACGGGCUCGAGCCCGGCGCAGGCCAACUUUACGGCGAGCGUGUUCGGUCAAGCUGAGGAGCAGGGCGCUCGGGCGAUCGUCUUGUACUCGGUCCAGCAGCAGUCCUGCUCGCUCAACUAUACGGCGCUCAACAUGACCAACACGUCGCUGCCGAUCUGGACGACGCCGUCGCAGAAUGUCGCACAGACCGUCGUCAGCCAGUUCAACAACAUCGCCUCUGACCACCGCUACUUCAACGCGUCGCUCCUCAACGCCUCGGCCGGCAACCUGUCGAGCCUGCUCGAGGCCAACCAGAACGCCAACGCGACGACCCUGCGCCUCAGCUCGGCGUCCUACUUUGUCCUCGCGCGCCUCGCCCCCUUCUACAACCCGAACGACUCGAACAACGGCGUCGUCGCGACCAUCGGGCGCAACCCGACGGCGACCGCAACGCAGACGCAGUCGGCGCCGGCGACGGGCACGGUCGGCCCGGCACCGACGGCGUCGGACGGCGCAGGGAACGGCGGCGGCGGGAGCAGCGGCGCGUCGCGCAGCACGGCGGGCUUGGCCAUGACGGGCCUUGUCGCAGGCGGGCUCGUCGCAGCUGCCGGGCUGUUGCUCUAAGCGGCAGGGGCGGGCGCGAGCUUGGGUACGCGGGCUCGGACGGCCGCGGCGGCAGGGCGGAGCCCGUGUGUCCGCAAAGGCCGCUGUCGCCCGCUUGCCCGGGUGCGACGG